GGGAGGAGGCGGGAGCCCCUGGCCGCUAGCGGCUCCUCCCCCGGCGCCUCCGCUAUCUAGGUCAGACGAGAAGGCCGCCGCGACGGACCUUGGGACCCGCGGGCUGCAGGGUUCACUCGCCUAUGCUCUCCCUGUUCGUUCGCUCGCCCGUGGGCCCCGAUAACCUGGCUCCAGCCACAAAGAAGCCCGCGCAACGACCCCGGAAAUAAAAGCCAAGAAAUGCCCCAUUCCACGCACAAAGAACUGCUCCUUGGCAUCAUGGCGGGAACUGCUGGGAUCAGCUUGCUGGUCCUAUGGUACCACAAGAUCCUUAAGCCCAGGACAACAAUGAUUUUCCCCAAGUUUCUUUCUCUGGGUAAGAAAUCCGAUUCACUCACUUUGCAAGAUAAAAGCUACAGUGAACAAGGAACAUCAGUGGUCUUUCAAAGGGGGCAGCUCCAGAUCCUGGAGAAGUUAAACGAGUUACUGACCAAUGUGGAGGAACUGAAGGAGGAGAUUAAAUUCCUUAAAGAGACGAUUCCAAAGCUGGAGGAAUGUAUACAAGAUGAACUUGGAGUGAGGGUAACAGUUCAUCAGGUCAGUCCUCAGCACAGAGCUAGAAAAAAGAAGACGACGACGACAGUCCAACGUCCAGCUACAAGCAAUAGUUCAGAGGAGGCAGAAAGUGAAGGAGGCUGCUGGAAAAAGAACCGGUGUUUCCAACCAAAUAGCGAACAUCAAGUUACUCCACAGAACGUGUAUCACGAAAGCUCUCGUACUUUACAACCAAAAGUGGCUCUGGGUCUCAUAACAUGUCGUCCUUCUUCAACAUGUAAAAUGGGUAGAAAAGUCUCUUCCUCAAGUGUGGCUAAUGACUUACUUCCGUGUAAAGGAAGACACACUCUACUGCAGAAAUUCCGAAAGAGCAAGCGACAGCAAAGCAGAGUUAACUUUGAUUCUCAGGAAGACGUAACUUCCAGUACCACGAACUCCUCGGAUCACUUUACUCUCGUUAAAUCUCGAAAAUCUUUUUCAUCCCGCAAGCUGAGUAUAGUUUCCUGUCACAGGGGUAGCAUUAGCUGUGAUAACCCACAAGGUAGUCUGAACCUGUCUCAUGCAAAUGAACUUCAAGGCUUUCCUAGAAGGUCAACUAAUACGGAUACUCAAAAACGUAUAAGCUUCUCUGAUCCCGUACAUGGCAGUAGAUGCUUUCCAAGUCUGGAAACAAAACCCAUUUCCUCAGGCCACUGGACUGUUGACAGAACGUCUUACCCACCAAGUCUAACGACGUCGCUCUUUUCUCUUCCAACCGUCAUUUCUUCUUCCAGUCAAGUAAAUGUAUCUGUUGCUGAGAGUCAAGAACAUGGCCAACCAAAUAAGGAUCUGGAAGAUGCCCUUCAUCACAGGUCUCAGAGUCAGAGUAGAAAUCACUCUGCAGCUGGCUUGGAGCAGCAUCUGUCUCAGAAUAGAGCUUCUACCAGCCUCCUCCAUGAUGAACUUUCUUCACUGUACCAAACUGUCAAUAGCUUAACUGUUGACGUUCACUCGGGCUCCUAUGGAGAAGAAAGCUUUGCUACCUUACCUCUAGAUGAAGAUAUACCUUCGCCGAUUGAAAUGGCUGAAAUAAGGUAUAUUACAGCUAACACUGACACAGAAGAACAGAGUUUCCCGGUCCCUAAGGCUCUUAACACACACAUAGAGGAUCUAAAGUUGGAUGUCCUCCUUCAGAAGGUAGACCACUUACGGCUAAACGAGGCUCACAAAAUGGAGAGUUUCGAGCUACUUUGUGACCACAAAGAGAAGUUUAGUGAAGAAAUAGAGUUUCUGUGGCGGCUUGUCCGUGCCUAUGGAGACAUGUAUGACCUAUCUACAAACACGCAGGAAAAGAAACACUAUGCUAAUGUUGGAAAAACUUUAGGAGAGAGAGCUAUUACCAGAGCGCCUAUGAAUGGACACUGCCAUCUGUGGUAUGCAGUUUUGUGUGGUUAUGUAUCUGAGUUUGAGGGCUUGCAAAAUAAAAUUAACUGUGGACAUCUAUUCAAGAAGCAUCUAGAUAUAGCCAUCCAGCUUUUGCCUGAAGAACCCGUUUUAUAUUACCUCAAGGGAAGAUAUUGUUAUACUGUCUCAAAACUCAGCUGGAUUGAGAAAAAAAUGGCUGCUACUCUAUUUGGGGAAAUACCAUCUUCAACGGUUCAUGAAGCUUUGCAUAACUUCCUUAAGACUGAAGAAUUGCAACCUGGGUAUUCUGUGUCCAACUAUAUGUAUGUGGCCAAGUGUUAUGUUGAUCUUGGGGAAUCUCGGGAGGCUUGGAAAUUCUGUAACUUGGCAUUGUUAUUGCCUAUCGUCACCAAAGAGGACAAGGAUGCACACAAGGAAGUGAAGAAAAUAAUUGGUUCUUUGAAGAGGUAAAUAAAGAGCUUAUUCUUCAGCAAAUCCAAUACGUCUUCUAGACUUUAACAGAUUGUACUUUUAUAAUGCUUUCUCCUUAAUGUAAAGAUCAUGUAUUCUCAUUUGAUUUGAAGGUCUAGCCUUGCCUUCUACAGCCACUGCACCAUGAGACAAAUCAUGUUCUCUGAAGACAGUGCUUACUCUAAUGUUAGCGUAUAAUGAUCUCUGGAUACUUCGUUUUAUUCAUGUCAAUAAACUACAGCCUUAAGAGUGUUUGUGUAACCAAGACUUAAACCUAUUUAAUAAAACGCACCCUAGUGAAUGUUACCAUUGUUUCAAUAGACUUCAUAAAAUAAUUAAUUCAUGACGAGAAUGUAAGCAAUGGGCACAGUUGCUAGAAAAAGAAGAACAAAAGAAGAAAGCACACCAAGUAAUCAGAGAAAUGUAAAUAGAAUUACAAUAAAAAUACUGUUUUACUAUCAAA